CAUUUUGUUUCAGUCAACAUUCCAAGUAGCUCUCUUGAUAAAUUCAUUCAAAUAAGUUCGUUUGAAAAGUGUAUUCCAAAAAAUCUAAUCGAAAUGGCGAAGUCUUCAUUUCCCUUCCAAAUCUUUCGCAAUAUCUACAGGAAUGAGUUCCAAUGGAUGCUGGUCAAGAGCUAUGCCCUCUUCUUUGUGGGAGUUUUUCUGGCCAGGGAGCUUUCAGGCUUGGAACUAAUGUCGGCCUAGUCCUUUAAACCAAAGUUACGUUUCAAUUUGAAUGUCGUGUUGAUAACCAGCUCUUUUUCGGGAGCUCUGAGAGUUUGUAAAUAAACUUUCGGAGGAACUCUAUUAAGCUGAAUUAAA